CCGGAGGAGGUGGAGGCGGAGGCUUGAGGGGGCUGCGAGCGAGGCUGUUGAUGCCGGAUAAAGUUCCCCCUUGGCGCGGCAGAGGAGCGAGGACCCCCACUCCCGUGUGAAGAAGUUUCCGCCGAGCCAUGGGCACCCUGCGCGACCUGCAGUACGCGCUCCAGGAGAAGAUCGAGGAGCUGCGGCAGCGCGACGCGCUCAUCGACGAGCUGGAGCUGGAGCUGGACCAGAAGGACGAGCUGAUCCAGAAGCUGCAGACCGAGCUGGACAAGUACCGCUCCGUCAUCAAGCCGGCCACGCAGCAAGUCCACAAGCAGACGGAGCUGCACUGCGAGCAGCAGCGCACCAAGAGGCAGGCCAUCUCGGCCGAGCCCACCGCCUUCGACAUCCACGAUCUCAGUCACGUCACGCUGCCUUUCUACCCCAAAAGUCCCCAGUCUAAAGAUCUGAUCAAGGAGGCCAUCCUGGACAACGACUUCAUGAAGAACCUGGAGCUGUCGCAGAUCCAAGAGAUCGUGGACUGCAUGUACCCCGUGGAGUACGGAAAGGACAGCUGCAUCAUCAAGGAGGGCGAUGUGGGUUCCUUGGUCUACGUCAUGGAAGACGGCAAGGUGGAGGUGACCAAGGAGAGCCUGAAGCUGUGCACCAUGGGCCCGGGGAAGGUGUUUGGGGAGCUGGCCAUCCUCUACAAUUGCACCAGGACCGCCACCGUCAAAACGCUGACAAACGUGAAGCUGUGGGCCAUCGACCGGCAAUGCUUCCAGACCAUCAUGAUGAGGACGGGCCUCAUCAAGCACACGGAGUAUAUGGAGUUUUUGAAGAGCGUGCCCACUUUCCACAGCCUGCAGGAGGACAUUCUCAGCAAGCUGGCCGACGUCCUUGAGGAGACCCACUACGAGGAUGGCGAGUACAUCAUCAGACAGGGGGCCAGGGGGGACACCUUCUUCAUCAUCAGCAAAGGAAAGGUUAACGUGACCAGGGAGGACCCCCCCAACGGCGAGCCGGUCUACCUGCGCAGCCUGGGGAAAGGAGACUGGUUCGGAGAGAAGGCUCUGCAAGGGGAGGACAUCCGGACAGCCAACGUUAUUGCAGCCGAGGCGGUCACCUGCUUAGUCAUCGACCGGGACUCAUUUAAGCAUCUAAUCGGAGGCCUGGAGGAUGUGUCCAGCAAAGGCCACGAGGACGUUGACGCCAAAGCCAAGUAUGAGGCCGAGAACGCCUUCUUCUUCAACCUCAACCUGGCGGACUUCAACAUCAUCGACACUCUGGGGGUGGGCGGAUUCGGACGCGUGGAGCUGGUGCAGCUCAAGAGCGACGAGAACAAAACCUACGCCAUGAAGAUCCUCAAGAAGCGGCACAUCGUGGACACCCGGCAGCAGGAGCACAUCCGCUCGGAGAAGCUCAUCAUGCAGGAGGCCCACUCGGAUUUCAUCGUCAGACUGUACAGAACGUUCAAGGACAGCAAGUACCUAUACAUGCUGAUGGAAGCCUGCCUGGGUGGAGAGCUGUGGACCAUCCUUCGAGACCGAGGCUCUUUUGAGGACUCGACCACCAGGUUUUAUACCGGCUGCGUGGUGGAGGCCUUCGCAUACCUGCAUUCCAAAGGCAUCAUCUACAGAGACCUCAAACCUGAGAACCUUAUACUGGAUCACAGGGGCUAUGCCAAACUGGUGGACUUUGGUUUCGCCAAGAAGAUUGGUUUUGGCAAGAAAACGUGGACUUUCUGUGGCACUCCUGAGUACGUAGCGCCAGAGAUCAUCCUGAACAAAGGCCACGACAUCUCUGCAGACUACUGGUCGCUGGGAAUCCUCAUGUUCGAGCUCCUAACUGGCAGCCCUCCCUUCUCUGGCCCCGAUCCAAUGAAGACCUACAACAUCAUCCUGAGAGGCAUCGACAUGAUCGAGUUCCCAAAGAAAAUUACCAAAAAUGCUGCCAACCUAAUCAAAAAGCUAUGCAGGGAUAAUCCUUCUGAACGACUGGGAAACUUGAAAAAUGGUGUCAAAGACAUCCAAAAGCACAAGUGGUUUGAGGGCUUUAACUGGGAGGGCUUAAAGAAGGGGACAUUGACGCCUCCUAUCAUCCCCAAUGUCACGUCGGCGGUGGACACGAGUAACUUCGACAGCUUCCCGGAGGACAACGAGGACCCUCCCCCCGACGACAACUCCGGUUGGGACGUGGACUUCUGAAGUCCCCCGUCGGACGCGGGGAAACUCUCUAUUUCGUCGCUUUUUUCGGACGCCUUGUCGGAAGCAAACGCGGAGACGAUACGCAGGCAGAGAUUUAGCGUACGGAUGACACGCCCUUAUUGGGUCACCGAUAAAUGCCUUUAUUUCACUGUGGCUCCUCCCCCUCCCCCCCAACCCCCCAGGAUCAAGCAUUUAUAGCGGGACGGCUGUAGCACAUGUUCAAGUGUUGUCUUACGCUCGGCUCAAAGAACGUGCAGGGAUACACACAUACACACACACACACACACACACACACACACACACGCACGCAGAAAAAAACACGGCGGAGCCAAAAUUCCCGUGCGGAUGUUUCUUCUUCGCGACUUUUCUUACGUUUUAGGAGUGUAAAAAAAUGUGAAUUGUGUUGUGGUUGUCAUCUGCUGGCUUCCUACGCUCGCUCAACAAGUGCUCUCGACUAACCUGAAUGUCGCCUACUGUCGCAAACACAUUCUCAACGGGCUGGAAUAGUUAGCAUUUCAAAAUAAAAGCACAAACUCAAGUGCCCUGUUUAGAUGGUAAACACACAGCUGACUCAUACGUAUUGCCAUGUUUAUCCUUAAAUGUUUUAUUAUUAUUAUUAUUAUCAUCAUUAUCAUUAUUAUCAUUAGUUUUAUUAUUAUUAUUAAAUUUAAGGCUGCGUUCACACUUGCAAUGUUCACUUUGGUUCAAACUGGCCGCUUUUGCUUUUAUUAACAUUAUCAUUAUUAUUUGUAUUAUUAUUAUCAUUAUUAAUAUUAUCAUUGUUAUUAUCAUCAUCAUUAUUAUUAUUAAUAUUAUCAUUAUUAUAAUUAUUAUUAUCAUUAUCAUCAUUAGUUGUAUUAUUAUUAUGAUUAUCAUUAUCAUUAUUAUUAUCCAUCCAUCCAUCUUCUUCCGCUUAUCCGAGGUCGGGUCGCGGGGGCAGCAGCCUAAGCAGGGAAACCCAGACUUCCCUCUCCCCAGCCAUUUCGUCCAGCUCUUCCCGGGGGAUCCCGAGGCGUUCCCAGGCCAGCCGGGAGACAUAGUCUUCCCAAUGUGUCCUGGGUCUUCCCCGUGGCCUCCUGCCGGUCGGACGUGCCCUAAACACCUCCCUAGGGAGGCGUUCGGGUGGCAUCCU